AUGGCAGUCAAAGAGUUAGUUGAUCCCAACACCUACCGAGCGGACUGGAUUGAUCCAACUAAGUUAGAAGAAGAGGCCAAGAAAAAAGGAAUGAUUUCAGGAACAAAAUUUCGAGAAAUAGAAACCAGCCUAAAAAACGCUAAUGACACCAUUACUAGAACUCAAACUUAUUUAGGAACAGACGAUUUAAACAACUUGCCGACUCUGAGUGGCAAGACUCUCGCUCAAUUACUGGCCGAUAGCAACCAAUUAGGCGAAUUGUCUGAUACUCUUAAAAAUAACUUUAACCUAACUGAUUUAACAGAAUGA